AUGGCCGCCGAAAGAACAAACGUUUCCAGCGACCUUGUCUGGCAGAUCACCCGCAGCCAGAAUGCUUUUCUGGUCAAGCGGAGGACCGGUGGUGGCUCCCAGUUCUCCCGCGAUCCCCUGAACCUGCAAAACAAGCAAUCUUUCAAGUAUGCUGGCUAUGCCAACACUAAGGCGGUCGGUGUGCAGGCUACUGAGAACGGCGGUGUUGUUGUCAUCACCAAGAAGCCUGGCAACCCUCAGCAGCCCGCAAAGAACGUGGUCAGCGUCAGCUGGGGCCCUAACGCUGCCACCCGCAAGAUCUACAAGGCUGUAGCAAGCAAGACCGCCAAGAACGGCUACCGCGCCGACCUCCGUGAAGACGCCGUUGCUCGUGUGAGCGCCAUCCGUCGCUCCCAGAAGCCCAAGAAGGACACUCCCCCCAAGAAGCUCAGAGGCACUCAGGCCAGAAAGGCUGCGGAGCAGAAGUCGGAGUAA